CAUACUUUUGAAAUAAUUUUUAAAAUUAUCUCCAAUGAUAAUCCUAUCUAGUAUUAGUCCAUCGUUAAAAGUUGGCUUACAGUUUCUGGGUAUGUGGCCAGGCAAUUCAUAUUCUGUUAUUAAUUGGUUGAGUUUUAUGCUGAGCUUGCUGAUCAUACAGUACUUCCAAUACAUGUACAUAUUUGAUCACUUGAAGAUCAACGAGGUAUCAAAUCUUCUUGACGGUCUGAUUGCGGCUCUAGAUUACAGUUUGACAAUAUUUAAAUUGACUAGUCUGUGGAUACAUCGUCGAACUUUUCAUAAAAUUUUGGCUGCUAUGGAUAAUGAUUGGCGCGAAUGCAUCAAUAUUGAUAAGCAUCUGCAUGAAAUGAUAACCAAAGCGAAUAUGUCACAUUUUAUCUGUAACAUUUUAUUGAGUUUUACUGCGAUUGCUGGAAUACUUUAUCUCUUAAGCGGUUACGUAAUUCAUUUUGUUUUCUCAACUGAAAAUUAUAAUGAUACUUUACGGCAGUUUCCUUUAAAAGUACAAUUUCCUUUUGAAACCCAACAAUCGCCUAUAUUUGAAGUUCUUGUUGCAACAAUAUUUGUUCAUGCAAUGCUACACUCAUGCACAGUCGCUGUUUUAAAUGGAUUAAUUUUGACUCUGGUACUUCACCUAAGUGGACAAAUUGAUAUAAUGUGUUAUAAAUUUAGAAAUAUUUCUAAAAAUACUCUUCAUAAAUCUUCCGUAUUUUUAUUUGGAAUGCUGAUUGAGAGACAUAAUAAAAUUGUUUUGUUUUCAAAGAAUAUUGAAACACUUUUCUCCUUUAUUGCGUUAAUGCAAGUUAUUUGGAAUACGUUAGUUAUUUGUUGUUUGGGAUUUGUUAUUAUAAUUUCUAUUCAUAAUGAAACUGGAAUUAUCGUACUAAUAAAAACAGUUGGUGCUUACCUAGCUAUAAUGAUUGAAGCCUUUGUCAUUUGCUUUGCUGGGGAAUAUCUUAGCUUAAAGAGUAAAUCAAUUGCCGGUGCAAUAUAUGAAACGCUAUGGUAUGAUAUGCCGUCACAUCAAAGUAAAAUUAUAGUAUUAGUAAUAAUGAGGUCUCAGAAGCGAUUGACGAUCACGGCAGGAAAAAUGAUAGAUAUGUCAUUCGAAACUUUUACAAGUAUUAUGAAGGCGUCAGUAUCAUAUGUAUCUGUUCUGUAUGCUAUGUAUUAAUAUUGCAGAAAAUAUAUUUGUUGAAAGAGUAACA